UUGCGCAAAUGACCACGUGUAUGUAGCUUCCGGUGGAGUAGGGUAAUAUUUUUUUUACCAGGAACUUUGUUUUGAAGAUUUUGUUCUUGUUACUACUAUGGAGGAUUUACCUGCGGACCUCAGAGCUUUUCUCGUCACUCAACCGUUUUUUGAGCUUACAGAUAAUAAAAAGAUCAAGUGCACUCUGAAUGGUCAUGAACUUCCUUGCAACCUGACUGAGCUGCAGAAUUUCACUGAAGGGAAAAAGUAUAAGAAACUGAGCUCUAGAGCUGAGUUCAACUACAGCCAGUAUGAACCACAUAUCAUUCCCAGCACAAAACAACCCAAUCAGCUUUUCUGUAAGUUGACUCUCAGGCAUCUGAACCGGGAGCCACGCCAUGUCCUCAUCCACAUCAAUGGGAAACGCUUCAAGAAAGCCCUUGCUCAAUAUGAGGAGUGUGUAAAACAGGGGAUUGAAUUUGUUCCGGAAAGGCUGAAACAUAAAAAGCCCAAAGACACAGAUGUAGAUUUCAGUCGAGGGAUGUCCUCGAAGCACUCGAGCAGCAUGUGGGAACACUCAUCCAGCGAUGACGAUGGGCACAGCGACUCUGAAGACAGCAUGAGUGACCUCUACCCUUCUUCUAUGUUUACAUUAAAAAAUGUCGCGGAAGAAAGUAUGGAGGUCAAAGGAGAAGAAGAAGAUGAGUUCCAAACAGAUGAGGAGAUGGAAGAGCAAGUUGUACAGAAACGCAAAAAGGUACAGAGUGGCGGCUUUCAGAAGAAAUUUAGAAAUAAUCAGUGGAAAUCAGGACGCAAGAAACAACGAAAAGUUCACAAUGGAAAGUAAAAAUGUAAAGACAGCUUUUCUUUAAAUCUGGUUUAUUGUCAGAUGGCAACAUUGAUCCAUUAACACUUUUAGUUAUUUCAUCUAAUUUACAACAUUAUUUGUUGUUGUAUGUCAGUCUUUGCACAAAACUUGGAAAGCAUGUAAGUUUAUAGCUGAGUCACAACUUCUAAUUUAAAUCUUUGUUAAAACAAAGAAAACAACAAUAAAAUUUCAUUUGGAUUUGGCAAAA